UAGGUACUUACAAUUCAUCCCCACAGUGAGACAGAAAUUGUCGGGGUGGUCGGUCUUUGUCAUAUUCAUUACGACGCCGUCCCUCUUUUUUUUUCUUCCUUUCAUUCCCUUCCCGACUUUCUUUCUCCGUCUUUCUAGGAGCCCCAUUCGUCCCCGAUCUCCGAACGAGAUAAGGAAUAGAGAAUUGCUGAAUUACCGAUUACCGUAUUACAGCAAAUCCCCAAGUUCGAGACUGGUGUUUUCGAUUGGGUAGAAAGUUGAUGAGCUGAGAAUCAAGAUCAAGGGGGAAGCUAGCCAGAUUGGAUUGGAUUGGAUCGGAUCGGAUCUGACUAGACUGGGCAGAACACUGGGCUGGAUUUGAGACACCUCCCGAUACCUCAGUUCACUCCUUUUUCGUGUGGCGCGCGCCAUUCUUCAUUCCUUCCGCCCUUGAAUGUUGUAACGGCGGCCGCCAAUUCUACAUACCCAAUCAUUCACCAUGAAUACCCGAAAUCCGCCUCUUUCACCUGUCUCUGUAGGCGCUGGAAGUGAAUGGUCCGGCAUUUCCAAAUACCCAAAUCUCGAUGGCGACGGUCCUUAUCCCAAUAAUCGAGGUCCUGUCUCUCCUCCAGAUUCCAACAGCUCCAGCGGGAAUAUGAAUGGCUUCUCUGGCGGUCCCAGGAGCGUCGGGGGUCCCUCGCCGCCGCCUUCGGUCGGACGUUCCAGCACCUACGCCAGGAGCGAGAGUGGAAGGAGUAUCCGUGAAGAAAACAACGAUGCGGUCUUAGCAGAACACUAUGUCGCUCUUAGGAAAUACCUGUCUUCGACGUCCAAAGAUGGCAGAGCAGGUCCGCCACCUAAUAAGGCACGCGACAAAUUAUUACGCCUAUCUUCGGUUCAGUUUCUCGAGCUAUCCACCGAUGUCUUUGACGAGUUGAUGCGACGGCAAGCCUAUAGUCGGAGACCUCCUAACGCGCCCCCCAACGUCGGGCCCCCGAACUACUUAUUACCCGAAGACACGUUCCAUCCUAAGCGCAACCAAGCACGUCAGAAGUUAUCGACCUUAGGUCCGCCGAGAUUUAGGGAUCUCGCGACAGAUGUCUUCUGCGAGUUAGAGAGGCGAAUUCCCCAAGUUAUCGCUGGCGAUAUUCCACGAAUGAGCACGCCUAGAAUUCCUUCGAGUCGAGCCGGCACACCGAUAAAUGGCGUGGGCCCCAGGGGGCCGAAUGGUAUGCGGAGGCCGUCGGAUGCAAGUUCUAUUCGCUCCGCCGCCCCUAGAAUCACUGGUGAAUAUCCAGUACCCCCUUCCCCUGGCUUGUCCAACGGAGGUUUUGAUCGUCCCCUCGCAAAGCAAUUCCAAAGCAAUACGAUCGUACCCAACAAAAGUACAAUGGUUGAGGAAGAUGAUGAUAUGGUCGAAUCAAACGACGAGGAGGUUGAUUCUUUCAGAUCGCAAAACCGAGAAAGCAAAAGAAGCAUUGGCACAAAUGGCGGCGCGUCCGAGGUUGAUAAGAGGCUAAUCGAUGACUAUCAAAAUCAAGUACGGGAACUUCGGGAAAAGAUAGAUAGCAUGGAAGAUCUGCUUAAAAAGAAAGACGACGAGCUGGCUCAAUUCACGGACGGCGAACGAUCUCGCAUAUCAGCUUCGAAUUUGGAAAAGAAAGAAUGGGAAGAUCUGCGGGCCGACCUCGAGGCCAAGCUUACAGAGGCACAAUCCCUCAAUGACUCGUUACGGGAUGAACUCGAUAGGAUGAGAGAUGAUCACGUCGUAGAGAUACGGAAACUGAGGGAGGAGAUUGAAGAUGCUCAGAAGAAUAGUACAGGGAGCGCCGAGGGAGAUUCCGAUGUUAUGAGAGAAAACGAAUCAUUGCGUAUGGCUCUUGACGAGCAGCAGCAAGUAACAGAGAGCGUCCGACUUGAGGCCCGGCAAUUCCUCUUGGAAAUGAAGGCUCUUUCGGAGCAGCAUGGCCCCUCCUGGGAGAGACAGGCCGAGCUAGAGAAGACUGUUGAGCAGCUAGAGCAUGAAGUUAGAGAAUGGCGGAACCGCUACGCGCGCGCAAAGACACAGCUUAGGAGCAUGCGUGCGUCAAUAGGGCUGACUAUCGACAAGGAUGCCAUCGGGCGUGUGCAACAACAAGGUUUCACGGACGAAAAUGGACUUGUCAAAGAUGUUCACGUUACCAAAUUCCAGAUCGCGAUUGACGACUUAUUGCAAAGAGCGAGGAUGGACACUCCAGACAAGGUACUCGAUUCUAUGAAGGCAGUUGUCGUUGCUGUCGGACGCAUCAAAAAAGAUAUCUACGAGUCGCAGCCGGGCGAUAGAGAAGUCCCGCAGCAGCAGCAGAAGCUCCAGAACCGAGUAGCGGCUACGGCCACCAACUUAAUCACCGCUUCCAAGAAUUUCGCAGCGGGAGCGGGGAUUUCACCUGUAUCCCUACUUGAUGCGGCCGCCUCCCACCUCGUCGCUGCUCUCGUCGAACUAUUGCGAAGCACCAAGAUACGUCACACGCCCGCCGACGAGUUAGAGGAUGACGAUGACGGCAUGGUUAAACCAGCUGAAUCAACUGGAUUCUUCUCAAACCGUACCCCCACAACACAUCAAGAUACAUUGCCUCUCGCACCGCCUCCCCCCCUUCAAGGCAUUCGCGCCGGAAUGCGUGAUAGCGCCAACUCUUCGGCAUACAGCCCUAUCAGCUCGCCGCGAGAGUCUAGUGGACAGUACGGCUCCAGGGAUGGCGGUGCCAAUGGCGUGGCUUACAUGGGAAUGAACAAGUUGACAUCACCUUCUAACGGCCAACGAAAUAAGAACGAAGAGUUGAAGAUAUACUUGGAAGAUCAGAGAGAGAUUAUGGUCCAGACGAUCCAAGGUCUGGUCGGUUCCAUUCGUGGCGAUGCGCCAAUCCAGCAGAUAUCCGACGAGAUCGCAUCGAUUACCGAUGUCGUUGGUAAAGUAGUUGCUGAGACCGAAGCAAGCGGAAACGGUGGCGAUAUGACUGAACGCUUGGCCUCAUGCCGCCAGCGGUUGCUCGAGGCCGGCGAGCGAGGCGAAGAGCUUGCAGCUCGCGGACUUGGAGAGAACGAUCGGGACUGGCGCAUGUGGACCCAGACGCUACCGCCUAUCGCCUUUGAGAUUGUACGCGAGACAAAAGAACUUGUCGAGCGAAUUGACAGUCUAGUGAUGUCCCCAACGGCAGACGAUUUCUCUUAGAUGUAUCCGAGGCGAAUGAGGUUAACGUCAUCAUCGUUAUGUCUAUUUCCCCUGAUCUUUGAAUCUACAUUGAUCGGGCUAUUCUCUAUUAUUACCAUUUUCCCCUUCUUCUUUUUGUUCUCACUAGGCCUCGAUGGGAUACCCCGUAAGCGGUUUUUGCUUCUACGGAUCGUAUGAAGCUGUUUGCGUUCAUCUCGACGU